AUGGCGCCCGCACGCCAACCGCCCCAGCCCUUCUCCAAGGAUGAGAAGGUUCUCUGCUUCCAUGGUGAGAUGCUAUAUGAGGCCAAGAUUCUCGACAUUCAGCCUGCCGAGAGUGGCGAAGGCUUUCAGUAUCGCAUUCACUACAAGGGCUGGAAGAACACUUGGGACGACUGGGUUUCUAUCGAUCGCAUCCGCAAGUUCACAGAGGAAAAUAAGGAGCUUGCCAGCCAGCUGCACGCCCAGAUGAAGGACCUACGCCAGAAGAGCAGCGCCAAACCUCCCAAGAAGGGUAAUCUUCGUGUCAAUGGAACUGAUUCAGCUCGCGGUAGUGAGGAGCGAACUGCAGGCGUCGCUGCCACUGGCCGUGGCCCUCGUCGGGCGAGAGAUUUCGACCUCGAGCAGGUGAGUGCCAAAACCGAGUUUCUUUAUGUCUUGCUUUUUGUUCUACGGCUGUUUCAAUUUUUGGUUUCUUUCAAUGUGCCAUUGUGUUGGUCUUCAAGUAGAGGCUCAUUAUGGAGUGAGCUUGAAACAAAGUCGGAAAGACGGGAAGGAGGAAGGAAACGAUAG